GAUAAUAUUAUUGCGUUAGGAAACAGUGGUCAGUCAUGUUUCGCCGUUUAAAUUGUUUGCGCAGGACGCAACGUUUUUACUCGUUAAAUGCAUCGAAUUCCGUGUUUGGUCGUGAAUCUUUUAUUCAACGACACAUCGGACCCAAUGACUCCGAUCAAAAACAGAUGCUAAAAGAACUGGGAUAUCAGAGUUUAGAAGACUUGAGCGAGGCCGUGAUCCCAGAUAGUGUUUAUCUUCCGAAGACGCCUAAUUUAAAAUCGUCAGUUAUAAUAGACGAGCAAUCUCUAGCCACUUUGAUAAAAUCGAUUGCAAGUAAAAAUCAAAAAUGGAGAAGUUUCAUUGGGAUGGGUUACUACAACUGCCAUACGCCUCAUGUUAUCGUAAGAAACAUGCUAGAAAAUCCUGGAUGGUUGACACCUUAUACUCCUUACCAAGAGGAAAUCGGUCAAGGUCGACUAGAGAGUCUAUUAAAUUUUCAGACAUUGGUUGUCGACCUUACGUGUAUGGACGUAGCCAAUGCGUCUCUGUUAGACGAAGCUACGUCGGCGUCCGAAGCACUGACGAUGACGUUCCGGCAUAACAAACGCAAACGCUGGUUCAUUGCAGACAAUGUACACCCCCAGACAUUAUCGGUUGUACAAACUAGAGCCUCUGCCCUUGGCAUUGAAGUUUGUUCUGGUGAUCCGAAACAAGUAAACGAUUUCAAAUCGUACAGCGGUGUGUUAUUACAGUAUCCAGACACAUAUGGUAAUUUAUUUGAUUACAGUGAUGUCGUGCAUAAGGCUCACAACAACGAGACUUUAGUCGUAUGUGCCACGGACUUGUUAUCGCUUACUCUGAUCAAAGCUCCCGGUGAAUACGGCGUGGACAUUGUGGUCGGAAGUAGUCAAAGACUCGGCACUCCACUCGGAUACGGAGGUCCACACGCCGCAUUUAUUGCAUGUAAGAAACCUCUGAUGCGACUAAUACCGGGGAGGAUGGUGGGUGUUACGAGAGAUGCAGAUGGAGACAAGGCGUACAGAUUGACAUUACAAACCCGUGAACAACAUAUACGUCGUGAACGGGCGACUAGCAAUAUUUGUACUGCUCAAGCUCUGCUAGCAAAUGUAGUAGCUAUGUACGCAAUUUAUCACGGUCCGGUAGGACUGAGAAAUAUUGCCCAGAGAGUACACAACAGUACCGUGAUACUUAAAACAGCGCUUGACAAAAUACCUGGAUGUAAUACUGGCAAUGCCAGUUUUUUUGAUACUUUGCACUUGAAUACCACGAUUCCUCAAAAGGAAAUAAUCGACAGGUGUAGAGAAAAAAUGAUCAAUUUGAGGUUUUUCGACGACCAAUCUAUUGGCAUAUCGCUAGAUGAGACAGUAACAUCCGAAGACAUAAACGACUUACUGUGGAUUUUUGGAUGCGAAAAUAAUAAAAAUAAUAUAAUAUGUAAUGAUGACAUUUUAGAAAAAAGUGUAAGUAAAACAAUAUUUAAGAGGACAUCACAGUAUUUACAACAUCCAGUAUUUAACAAUCAUCAAUCAGAAACACAAAUUGUUCGGUACAUGAAACAAUUAGAAAAUAAAGACGUUUCACUUGUCCACUCUAUGAUUCCAUUAGGAUCGUGCACAAUGAAAUUGAAUGCUACCGUCGAACUAUUACCGCUUUCAGAACCUGGAUUUAUUAAUAUUCAUCCAUUCGUACCACCUGAACAAGUUCCAGGAUAUCAUCAAAUCUUACAAGAAUUAGAAUACGAUCUCUGUCAACUAACCGGCUAUGACAAAAUAUCUUUUCAGCCCAAUAGCGGCUCUCAAGGAGAAUUCGCCGGUCUAUGUGCCAUUAUGAAAUAUCAUCAACAUCGCGGGGAUGAAGAUAGAAAAGUGUGUUUAAUUCCCACGUCAGCACACGGUACUAAUCCAGCAUCAGCUCAAAUGGCUGGAAUGGAUAUUCAGUUGGUGAAUGUGUCCAAAGAUGGUUGCAUUGAUCUACAACAUCUCAAAGAUAAGGUUAAUAAAUAUAAAAAUCAAUUAUCAUGUAUAAUGAUAACAUAUCCAUCUACUAAUGGAGUAUUUGAAGAAUCUGUUAUGGAUAUAUGUGAAAUGAUACAUUCAAAUGGUGGACAAGUUUACUUGGAUGGAGCUAACAUGAAUGCACAAGUUGGAUUGUGUCGACCUGGUGAUAUUGGAGCUGAUGUAUCUCAUUUAAAUUUACAUAAGACAUUUUGUAUACCUCAUGGCGGCGGAGGUCCUGGGAUGGGACCAAUAGUUGUUAAAUCACACUUGGCUCCAUAUUUACCAACUCACCCAGUUAUCCACAGUGGUAAUGAACUUAGUUUGGGUACUGUUAGUGCUGCUCCGUAUGGAUCAGCUUCUAUCAUACCCAUUUCCUGGGCAUAUAUAAAAUUAAUGGGCUCACAAGGACUCAAGAAAGCAACUCAAGUAGCUAUAUUAAAUGCAAAUUAUAUGAGUAAAAAAUUAAGUAGUCACUACAAAACAUUGUUUGUUGGUACUAAACGUGGAUUAGUAGCUCAUGAAUUUAUAGUAGACACGAGAGAAUUUAAAAAGACUGCAAAUAUUGAAGCUACCGAUAUUGCUAAGCGAUUAAUUGAUUACGGAUUUCAUGCUCCUACUAUGUCUUGGCCAGUUGCUGGUACAUUGAUGAUAGAACCUACAGAAUCUGAAAGUAAAAAGGAAUUAGAUAGAUUUUGUAAUGCUUUAAUUAGCAUAAGAGAAGAAAUAAGACAAAUAGAGAAUGGUAUAGCUGAUCGAGAACAAAAUGUGUUAAAAUUGGCACCACAUACAUUGAAACAAAUUUGUAGUGACGAAUGGAAUAGACCAUAUUCUAGAAAAUUAGCAGCUUAUCCAAUGGGACAAGAGCAAAAAGUUUGGCCAAGUGUUAGCCGUAUCGACAGCAAAUAUGGAGAUCAAAAUGUAGUUUGCAGUUGCCCAUUAGUAUUUUAAACUUUAUAAACAUAUCAACUUAAACCAAAAAAAAAAAAAAAACAAUAACAUGAGAAUAAAUAAUAUACAUUUAUUUUAUAGAUUAUUUUAAAUCCAAACAUAAUACCUAAGUAUGAUUUUUAAAAUCUAGUACCAGUGGUACCUACUUAUGUGCAAUGAUAAACUAUUGUCGAGUAUUGCUAAUUUAUGAUAGAGUAAGCAGUGCUCAAAUUAGGAGGGACACAUGGGAACUCAGCUUUUAAACUAGCUUUUGAUAUUAAUUAGCAUUCUCAUACUAAAUUUUCCUAAAAGAACACACAGAUACGUAAUUGAGAAAUAUAAAAUAUAAAUGACAACGAUAUAUUUAUUUUUUUUUGUAUAUUGUACCAUGUUUUACAAUUAAAUUUCUUACCUAUAAUGGUUUUUUUCUAUUUAAUACAACUAAGAAAUAAAUUAAAAGUUUAAAGUGAUUAUAAGUGUAAACAUAUUAGCAUUUAGUCAAAAAUAAUAUACAUUAGAAUUUAUUUAAUUUAAAAUAUGAUUGUAGUAAUUAAGAAAGUAUGAGGGCAAAGCUCCCAAGGGUUAAUGUUAAAUAAAUGUUCAAUUGGAAUGCUGUUCAUAUAAUUUCUAUUUGAGUUACCAUUCUUUUAAUUUAUCAAUUCGAGCACUGGGGAUAAAUAACUAUAAUCUUUCUUUCUAUUGCUGAGUACUUGCAAGAACAAUAUCAGACGGAUGUCAGUAAAUGAUUAAGUAAAAUGGUAUACCAUUAAAAUAGUCAUGUUCAAUGAUAUUUCUAUCUUAGAUAAUUAUACGUCUAUAUUUAUUUGUAUUUUAUUGUAUUGUUAUAAUAAAAUUUUGUAUGGACAUUUUA